UAAUAGCGUAAUAUAGCUCUAUCAGUUCGACGGUGGGCUAAGUUAGUGGAGACGAGGUCUUCUUUUGUGUGUUGACUUAUUAGUUUCCGGUUCAUCAUGUGGCUGGUGGUCUGUUGAUGUGAUGAGGUCCUCUUAGGAAAUAGAAUUCUUACUAGGGUUUCAGACCUCCAUGUUGUUUUUAGUUAACUCAUUCUUUUGGUGGCAUUGCCUCUGGAGGUAUAGGGAUAUUCUACUGGCAACUUCUAAUCUAAUAUGGACUGGUUAUCGCCAAGGGAAAAAAGUCUUAUGCUAAAAUCAGCAACGGAGAGUAACACAGAAGAUGACAUGAACACGACCACUGAUCUUCUCUGUCUUCGUCAACAAGAUAUCCAUCAAAGGUAUGACAAUUCGAACGCUAUGGGUUUAGCUGAUGACAACUUCAAGAAGAAACAGGCCUACAGUAACAAAAAAUUCACUAUAGCUGCUAUUCUUGGUUUGAAGAACGAGAUCAUCUUAGCAGAAAAUCAAAACAAAGAGAGACACAAUCCGCCAACAUCUCGCAAGAAAAAUAGAAGCAAAAGAGUCAGGACCAUAUUCACCCCUGAACAACUGGAAAGGCUUGAAGCUGAGUUUGAAAGGCAGCAGUAUAUGGUCGGACCAGAAAGACUUUAUUUAGCUCACGCUCUGCAUCUGACGGAAGCUCAGGUGAAAGUAUGGUUCCAAAAUCGCAGAAUAAAAUGGAGAAAAAGGUACGUGGAGCUGACGCAUCAGAGGCUGGCUGCCCUGAAGGAGCAGCAAAGGAUUCUUAGUGACACGCGGAAUGAAAUAAACGAGAGUGGAUCAUGUGAAUCUCAUUGAAAAACUGAAAUGAUUGCAA